UGAUAACAAAAUGUUUACAAAUUAUUUGCUUUCAACGUAUUUCUAAUUAAUGAUAAAUUUAAGCUUUUAUUUCUGUGAUGGCUAUAUUCGAAAGCUCUUCUCAAACCAAAGUUCGAAUAGAUGACACAGAAAAACUUGAAUGUGCAUUGGAAAAUGCGCAGAACAUUAACAACCACACAGAAUACAUAUUGCGUGUUCAACGUGGGCCAAAUAAGGAAAACAAAUGGACGGUUUCUCGUCGUUAUAGGGACUUCGCGGCCUUAAAUGUUUCACUCCAACAUGCGAACAUUGAUCUACCGAUUCCACCAAAGAAACUUAUUGGAAACAUGCAGCCUUCUUUCGUGGCUGAGCGACAGAUCGCUUUACAGAAUUAUAUAAAUGAAGUUCUAAAACAUCAAGUACUAGUCUUAUCAUUACCAGUGAGGAGUUUCUUGGACCCCAACAAUUACCCCUUGACUAUAGCAGAACAGGCACUUCAGACAAUGUCAAUAGCUUUAAGAGGAGAUGGACACUAUGAAUUGAAAGCAGCUUUACCGGACAUUGGAUGGAGGAUACGUAAACAUUACUUCUUAGUCAAUGAGUCAGCAAGUCAUACAAAUUGCUUACUGGCAUGGCAGAGUUAUGGACCUGACCACACAUUGCACAGCAAAGAUCUCCAGGCAGCUUUUAAGAGUCUACAGAAUAUAUCUCAUCCAUACAUAGACGAAAUACUGUCUAUACAAACACUAGAAUCAGGCGCCUACGUAGUUAGAAGAAUCCACGUAAAUGGUAGCGUCAGGGACUUGCUAUAUGGGACAGAUUACAAUAAACAAUACUUAGCGAAAUAUGGAAAUCCGAAAGUGAGGAAACCGUUUACGAACGGACAACUGUCGCAUUACGGAUAUCAAGUAUUACAAGCAUUAAAAUUCUUGCAUGACAAAGGAUUAGCCCAUGGUCAUCUCCACCCAGGAAAUAUAGCAAUAGAAAACCAAAGAGCCGUCCUAAUGGACAUAGAAAACUUUCUGACGGGAGUGCCAUGUCUACACAGGCCGUAUAUGUUGGAACUAAAGAGAACUAGCACUGUAGAGGCGAUAGAUGUUUACUGUUUUGGCAGGACGUUGUAUGAAAUGGCCUUCGCUGAACCCCUUAGCUCCUAUUACUGUGAUAUGUACCCUGAUGGUAUCGCGCCGGAUUUAGAAUCUGUACUCCGACUAUGUCUAUCAAGCACGAGCUGUAAGCACGGAGGGCCGAGCAUAGAACAACUGUUGACACACCCGUUCUUCACUCAAGCUACAAUGAACGGAUUGGGGCCUCGCCUCGACAUGAGGAUUCAUCUGAAAUUCCCUCUUACCCUCAAAGACCAGCUCAGAGCUUGCGCCAGUGUCACUGAAGAUAGACUUAGGAGAGAUCAGAAGAUGGUACGAAGUGCCAAAAAAGAAGUCAGGAUACAGGAAAUACUUAACUCUGAACAGGAAAUGAAGAAACAACGGAAAAGAGCGAAAAAGCGUGACAGCGUGUGGAAAUCGAGCUCUUCGCUGGCUGAAAUCCGAUCGCAAAGCGCCAGCACCGCGUCAUCACCGACGCCGCCGACGCCUCCACUCUCUGGCGAGACGAGUGCUAACAGUUCUUGCCUGGCGGGCAGCAGUCCCGCCGAUGCCCGCGGCGCACUUCUCAACGCCAUAUGCUCCUUCGAUCGCACGCGCCUCGCGAGAAUCGACGCGCGGUGAACACAUGGUGCGAACAAGUUAUACUGGUCUAUAGUGGACCGGAUUGAUAUGAUGAUGAAAUGUUUAUUAGAAUUUUUUAGACAAUUUGAGAUUGAUUUAUUAACGACUGCCCCGCAAUCGUCAAAUUCACAUAUUGGUUUUGAUAGUGUCACAAGUUAAAUGGUGCUUUUCGCCACCAACUAACUAAUCUAAAGCUUGGAAAAUAUUUGGCGAAGGUUCGUACUCGAUUCACCUGCAUUUCAAAAGUAUUAACACUAAAUUUUUUUAAACUUAGCAUUAAAAAAUAAUUAA